AUGACUCCCCUGGACCAGAGCUUGACGAGCAGGUCCCUAUCAUUUAUCUCCAACAUUGAUAAGUUUGUCUGCGACUACCGUCAUAUGAGAGAUAAAGGCUUCAGGUCAUGUGGUACUGCAGACGAUCGGAGCUGUUGGCUUCGUAAUCCGAAAACUGGGGAAGAGUUCAAUAUCACAACCGAUUACGAAUACAGGGUGCCGCAAGGUGUCAAACGUGUUUAUCACCUGGACGUCACAGAUGGCUACGUCAAUGCGAACGGUCUGAAUUUCACCGAAGCAAAGAUGUUCAACAACUCUUGGCCUGGGCCUCUCAUUGAGGCUUGCUGGGGCGAUACUGUCGAGAUCCACGUCACGAAUCUUCUCGCCAACAACGGAACCAGCUGCCCUAUUGCCCCGAAUUCCACCUUUAUUUACCAGUGGAAUGCCACGCAGUACGGGUCCUCGUGGUACCACAGCCACUACUCGGUCCAGUACGCCGAUAGUCUGCAAGCUCCCAUUACCAUCCACGGACAAACAUCCUUCCCGUACGACGAGGCUAUCGAGCCAAUCUCCAUGAAUGAUUGGGACAUACUACUGAGUGGCUUCGGGAACAUCGCUCGAUUCACCGGUGGAGGUAUUGAGAACACCACAGAGAUUCCCCGUGGCUAUGAAAUUUGGUUCGAUGACAUUGAGCCCAACCCCAAGACGAGAGCGAAGCGGUAUCUCUUGCGCCUUGUCAACACUGCUUUCCAAUCGACAUUCGUCUUCUCCAUUGACAACCACAACUCCACAGUUGUUGAGGCAGACUUCGUUCCCAUCGAGCCAUUCAACGCAACUUCACUCCUCAUCGCCAUCGGCCAGCGAUACCACAUCAUCGUCGAGGCAACGCCGGUUGUCAACAGCUCGAACCCCGAUGCUAAUCCUAUACCGGAAGAUCGCAGUUUCUGGAUUCGUACGCAUGUGCCACUAAAUACCACCACAAAUCAGACAAUGGAAGGCGGCGCCACGGUGGACGCCAACAACUGUAUGAAGACUGGUAUCCUGCGAUACGACAAUUCCAGGCCACCCUCAAAUGGCCGUGUUGGUGAGCAAUUCAACGUCGCAGACCUGAGCAAUGCAGCAAACCACAAUCGACCAUACUCGACGGCCUUUUUCUCUUUCGAACGGCCGGAUAGCAAGAACGAGCGACCCUUCCAGACCACGUGCGGCAAUCCUACCUUCUUGAACCUCGACAAUGUUGGCGAUGAGUGGCCAACGGGAUGGGUGGUUGCGCCCGAGAACUAUACCGCAGAUGACUGGGUGAGUUUGAUUAUCCACCUUCACGGCCAUGACUUUGCCAUCAUCCAGCAGGAGGAUGAUACGCUAUGGGACAUAAAAGACUUCAAGCCCAACAAAAACAAAUUGAAUAAUCCUCCCCGUCGGGACGUGGUAGUCCUCCCCAGGAGCGGCUAUGCCGUCAUCGCCUUCAAAUCAGAUAAUCCUGGCGUGUGGUUGAUGCACUGCCACAUCGCUAAACACGCCUCCACCGGCCUGUCUUUGCAAAUCAUGGAACGACAAGCCGAGGCAAACAUUAUUUGGCAGCCCGGAAACUCUAUGGCCCUGGAUAAUGCCCAUAAGCUCUACGAUAAGCCGGAUUAUCCUGCCUGCGCCAAUGCCACCAACCUCCAGAACGAUUCUGGAGUCUAA